GAGAGAUGGCUGUCCUAAUGGUGAAACAAUUCAACAAGUAGCCACUCGAUGCGAUCAUGUAACUGCGAAGAUUAUGACCUAUCAAACUGAUCAUAUGGAUAAUAAUCCAAAUUCUCCUGGAGGUGAUGUUUUGGUGGUAGCUCAUUCCCAUUUACUUAGAAUUCUCGCUUGUAGAUGGUUGAAUCUUCCUCCUGAACAUGGAAGACUUUUUCUUAUUGAUACCGCAGGUUUAUGCGUUUUGGGUUAUGACCGAUCUAUGAAGUCUCCAGUAAUUAAGUCUUGGAAUGUCACCAGUCAUUUGUUUUACCGAGAUAUCUCUUAG